CCGCGGUCCCACUUGAAAUUUUAGGGACUUUGCUCCCAAAAUAGUGAUAUCUCAAACGUCACUCGGUCCUGUCAACUUGUCACAAAACAGAAAAAAAGUGAAAUAAACCAAAAAAAGUGCAUUUAUUCCACGUCUACGGAAAAUGUGACCUUAUCAUGGAUUUUCCGCGCCACGAAACCUUAUCUUCGCCCACAAACCACAGUAAAAUCCCUAUCAACAUGUAAACAAGAUGUUGGGCCGUCAAAAAUUAAAAUACGAAGCUGUGGACAGCGACGAUGAGCCCCCGAGUGAUUUCGAGGAAAAGAAACGUGGUUUUUUCAACAACAAUUGCUUUUGGUCCAGUUUAUUUACAAGUGUUUUGAUUGGAACUUACUACAUUCCUUCCAUAUGUUUGACGUUCUAUCAGCGAUGGCUUUUCCAGACAUUCCAUUUUCCGUUAGUCACGGUUUUGGUUCAUAUGAUUGUCAAAUUUCUACUAGCUGCGCUAAUCAGGGCUGUGUUGGAGCGAAGACAGGGCAAACAAAGGGUUAUGUUGGAGUGGAGGGAGUAUCUGGUCGCAGUGGCCCCCAUGGGGGUCUUCAGUGGCCUAGACAUAGGCUUCUCUAAUUGGGGCUUAGAACUCAUUAAAGUCUCAUUAUAUACAAUGACCAAGUCCACGACAGUUGUGUUUAUUUUGGGAUUUUCGAUGCUAUUUAAGCUUGAAAAAAAGUCAUGGAGUCUUGCCCUUAUCGUUGGGAUGAUCACAACGGGAUUAAUCCUCUUUACUUACAAAGCGACCCAAUUUGACACUUUGGGCUUUUUGUUGCUUUUAUUGGCCUCGAUGUCCAGCGGAGUGAGAUGGACUUGCGUCCAACUCCUCCUCCAGAAGUCCAAAAUCGGGAUGAGAAACCCCAUCGAUAUGAUCUACCACAUGCAACCGUGGAUGAUCAUCUCAGUCCUACCAUUUGCCAUAUGGAUGGAAGGCCCCUCAGUUGUAAAAAAUUGCCAACUAAUACGCACCACAGACACCUCAAUAAUAAUCACAAUGAUUUUCAAAAUUUUACUCGGGGCCUUUAUCGCAUUUUUCAUGGAAGUGUGCGAAGUCCUAGUGGUGGGCUACACCUCAAGUCUCACGCUCUCCAUCGCUGGAGUUGUUAAAGAAGUGUUUAUCCUAGUCUUAGCCGUAGAAUGGAACGGGGACCAACUAUCGCCCAUCAACGUUGUUGGCUUGCUUAUUUGUCUCUCUGGAAUCACGUGCCAUGUUUUCCACAAGUUGAGGAACACUCCGAAGGUGGCACGUGUGUAUGAGGUGCACGACGAGCGACGCGAGCUGGGUGAGCAUUUAAUAGUCAGUGAAGAUGGACACGUGUCGAGUGAUAAUGACGAGAAGAACGACACGCAAGUACUGUUCGAUAUUUUGCGCAAUCGGGACAGGUAGUCGCGAGUUUUUUUCAUGACUGGAUAGUACUUAAGGAAAUGUGGGUGUGAGUCACCCAGAUUUUUUAAUUUAAUACUUUUAUAACAACAUAAGAUUAUGUUUUGUGAUAUUGUGUAAUUUAAGGCUAAGUGUAUGUGUGACAAUGUGAUUGUUUUUUAUUGAGUGAGGGGUAAGGUUGCGAUGUGGCUAAAGUUACGUCUUUUUUUAAUUAUUCUUCUACCGGACGAUUUUAAAAGCCGGUAAUAAAAUUUUCGAAUCUCCCUUAAAAAAAUUUUUUUGCCCAUUUUGGUGAAACUUUGGACAAUUUUAAGUAAGUUUUGAGCUCCACCUGUGUAAAGUGUUCCGAGGAGUUGAUAAAAUUAGAUAUUUUACGAGUUAUGAAUGGAUUUAAGUUUAACACAAGUGCAUUAGCUCAUACUCCAAACAUACACUAUUAUCCGAACACUUCAUAAUAAUUAUUUUUUCAAAGAUGAUUAAACUAGCGAGUUUAUAAAAUAAAUCUUUAAAUGGUGAAAUAUUUAAGGUAGUACUUUAAUGUGCAUUUACUUUUUAUUACUAAUUGUUACUAGUAAUUUUCGUACUCAAGUCUUAAUAGCUGUUAGCUAUUCGGCCGUUAUUGUAUAUAUUUUUUUGAAAAUGGCUUAAUUUUUAAAUAUCAAUUUAAUAUCAAACGCUCAAGGCAAUCUAAUAGUUGCUGCCAUGUAACACUCAUUGGUCACAAGUUGUCCUCGUGGUCACCACACUGCAUUCCCAUUGGUCAGGAGCCCGUAACUUAAUGAAAAACCUGUAUGGUAAAAAGUUUCAUUAAAGUACAGAUUACAGACAUUUUAUCAACCAAAUAAAGCAAGGGAAUAGAAAAGACUACAAAAUUAAUACAUAAAAACCCUUUGGAUCAUCUCAAUUCAGGGUGUUUUAAAAAUGUUUUUUUGGAAAAUAACUUUAUUUUUUUAAUUAUUUAACCUGCAACGACUGAGCUAAUUUCACGAAUUAUAAAAAUUCCCCAUUUAUUGUGAAUUCAAUGAAAUUAGAAGACUUUUGGAGCAUAAUUUUGCAUGUAACAUCACCUUGUGUUUCAAAAAAAAAAUUUGAAGGUGGAAACUAAUUUAGAAGUUGUUUGGUUUCAGUUAAGGAAAGCAGAAGUACGAAAAUUAUAUUUUAAAACAAAUUGUACAGAAAAUUUGAAAUGUGGUAAAUUAAAAAAAAAACAAGAAAGCCUUCAAAUUUGUCUCAAUCACUCGUUCAACUUGGAAAUAAACGCAAACCCAUCAAUAAAGCAAAAUACGAUAACUUGAUGACACAGCUUAAAUGGAUACCAGAAGAAUGUCACGAAUAUUACAGAAAUCUUCCUUCUGUUCAAAAUGCUGAAGAUUUUCCGGAAGGCAAUUAAUCUUCCUACUUAAUAACUAUUUAAAUUGUUUAAAAAAAUUAAAUACAAUUACAACUUGUUAAAAACCAAAUAACUGGAACAUCCUAGUUUUCGUUGUUGCUCCUCGGAAUUGAAAAUGAAAGUUUCAAAUGUCUAAAAUAAAAAGAGUUUUCAUUUAAAAUUUUAAAUUCAUUUUGAAUGAUGGUAUUUCCGUUUUUUAUCAUUUUAACUAAGAAAAAACUUAAUAAUCAGCAAAACCCCUUAAUAAUAAUUAGAACGGUGAAGAGGGAAGUUUUAUUUUAGUUUUGAUGACGUGACUGUUGACUUUAUUUAUGGUAGUUUAAAUUUCUCACCACAAGAGACACAAAAAAUCUCGUAACCUUACUCACAUCCUACAUCAGUUCGUUCACAUCUAGUUACCACUAAGUUAAUUAAAUACUUAUAAUUUAUGUAUAAAUAAAAAUACACCCGUUAUGACUAAAA